AUGCUACGUGUGGCUGUGUCACUGAUACUGGGCCGUCAGAUGAGGGACUGUCCCUCUAAAUCCGCUGUGAAUGGAUGGAAACCUAUGAAUGUAGGAUUGAUCCAAGUGGAAGCAGUCACUGACAAAGGAUGGCUAGUGACUAACAGCAAAAAGGCAGAAAAGAGUAAAACAUUUGAUGAGAACAAGGACCUUCUGGAGGAGGACAAAGAGAGAAGAGAGAGUACAGACAGCGGAGUGAGUGUCGGCCAGCAGCAUUCGGUUAAGAACCGAAGCACAGAUGAACAUAUAGUACAGGAAGACAGCGGCUGUGGCAGUCUGACAGACACUGAAGACAGUCUCAGCAGUGGAAGAAGAAGCCUGGAAGAGCUCCCUUUCCUAGAAGGAGGAGUAAAUAGCAGCAACGAAAGUGAAAGAAAAGAGGACAGUGGCUUGGGAAUGGGAAUGGGAAACCAGGAUGUGUCUGACAAUCUCAAGGGGGCAGAGGGUGACCUCCUGUCUGAAAUAGUAGUAGUUGGGGAUGGAUAUCGUAGUCAGAGUCCUUCAGCAGAUGCUGAAAGUGAGGCCACCAUCCCAUGUGACGUAGACGCUAACAUGGCCAGCCCUAGCAGUGGCUAUCGGUCUGGUCAUGUGACAUGCUUGUGCUCUGACGUUGAGACUUGCAUGUGGUGCAAAACCAGGAAGCUCGUAACAGACAAUGAUUCAUUGUCUCAUGAGCAAACCAGCUGUACAUUCACAACUGAUAAUGACAAUGACAGACCAAGCUAUUUGAAAAAAUCUCCCUUACAGUCCGUGAAUGUAUCAGGAUUGGGAGAUUUGUCCUCCCAGUCAGACGAGAACUGCAAUGAGUCGUCACUUUUUAUCACCUGUCCACUACUUCUACAAGAACCUUGCCAGCUGGACACUUUGCCUCUUAAAUUAGGAGAUGUAGAACUGACAUUCACGUGAGAUGUGAGACUUUUUCAUGAAUGGGUAAAAGCACUGAACAAAGCGUAUCUGCUUCUCCUCAUGCUGUUUGCUCCAGCAGACGUUUAUUUCUCGAUUAGAGCAGCAGCAGAGAGAUGCUACGUGUGGCUGUGUCACUGAUACUGGGCCGUCAGAUGAGGGACUGUCCCUCUGUGACUUCCUGUACGCAUCGGGUCAUCAUUUUGCCAAUAUGCUUACCAGAGAGGAGACGUUCAAGCUUCUACUUGAGUGAUCAAGAGUGAGAUACUAUCAGAAUACGAUGACAAUGAUACUGAGACAUUACUAAUUCUCAGUAUCUAAUCUCAUGUAUCUCACCCACCAUUGAGACAGUGACUCGAUUAUGUUAUACUCUCAAAAAAAA